AUGAGGCGGGAAUGGGAGAGGUUGGCUGUGCUGGCUGUGCUUGCCGGCGUUGGUGUUUUGGUGGUGCCUGUGCGUGCUGGUCUCUGGGACUUGGGCUUUUUGGAUUGGCGGCAUGGCACCGUGGGGACCUGUCCCAAGGUGCAGGAGCUCAACGCCACCGAGCUCCACCGACAGCUCCACGUCGCACAUGGCUGUAACCAGCCCUUUCCUGUGCUUGGUCAACACUUUGCUGAGGAGACCGUCCCCCAUCUCGUGGCCAGUCAGUUUUACGGCGCUUCUUCUGCCUGCCCCGACCAUGCCGCUGACAUUAAAGCCCGCUCUUCUCACCCUCAACCUUGUCCCCGGAUCCGCAGACCACAUUUUGACCCCGCAGCCCCAGCGUCCCCUCGUCUUCCUCUUUAUGGGACCGACGGGCGUCGGCAAGACGGUAGAGCCCUAUCAUUGCCCCCUUUUCGUCUCUCCGUUGGUUCUAAUCGACACCCACCGCUCACGCAUGCUCUGCUGAUUGUGGCUCUGACGACGUUUAUGAACAAUGCGCAGCCCGUCAUGCACAACAACACCCUCGUCGAUGCCAGGCGCGCCAUCUUCAUCCUCACAACCCACGUUCUAAGCAUGGAGUUUAUCGAAGCUGCACGGGAACUCAAAGCUCAAGGCCUUGCUCGAAAAGACUGGCCCCAAGCUACUUUUGAUACCAUCAUCAAUGAUAUUGAGGAUGAUUACUACCGCCGCCUCUUGUUCAAGGGCUACAUCUCGCGUGUGGUUCCCUUUUUACCCAUCGACGUGCUUCUGCUUCAAGAGUACUUGGACCUUCUCCUCGAGGCCUUGGCAUGCAACAUGAGGGCUCAAGGCUAUCCGCCUUUGGUGUGGUCUCCCGAGCUGACGGCCAGUGCAGCGACUUUUAUCAUGCAGGAUCGAGACUUUCUUUGGGCUCACCCACCAACCGCCCCAAAGCCCACCCACUCGCUACAACCGUACUUGGAUGCCGUGCGCCAUACUCUGACGGCAGCCAUGUGCAUGGAGAACUUUUCCUCUCAGCACGUUGAACGUCACAACAAGCCCGAAAUCGAAGUGGCGAGCAGCAAGGAGUUGCUGAUGAACCCAGUGGUUGUGAGCCGCUCGGAGAAGGAGCGCGUUUGCAUCGAGGCUUCCAUCAACUCGGUCCGCAUCAGCAUAGCCAUCAAGCAGGCUGAUGAGAUUGAGAAGAUUCUCUGCAAGAAGUUUAUGCGCUUCAUGAUGAUGCGUGCCGAAAACUUUUUCGUGCUGCGCCGCAAGCCGAUUGAGGGUUAUGACAUUAGCUUUCUCAUCACCAACUUUCAUACCGAGCAAAUGUACAAGCACAAGCUCGUCGACUUUGUCAUCCAGUUCAUGACGGACAUUGAUAAGGAGAUUAGCGACAUGAAGCUCAAGGUCAACAGCCGUGCCCCGAGUUUUAUGCCCGUCUGCGUCAACACGUUGCGAGCCUACCUUCAGCGUCUUCAGUCCCCGCUCUGCCUGCCGGCUAUUGUCGAGAUUUUUCGCCAAUUGGUCCAGGACAACCCCACUGCGUAUGUACCCAAGUUUGAGGACAUUGUUGAUAUUCUUAUUGGGUGGGCCACGGAAGUGGGCACGCCAGCGCGGAUUCGUGAGAGCAUCACGCUGGGUCUCGCUCAGUUUUCCAACUUUUGGCAAGCCAAG